UUAAAAAAAGGUACCACACAGGAAAAAAAUCGUUACAGAGCCAUUGCACAUUUCAGCAGUCAGCACAGCACUUCUCUUAAAUCUUCUCAUCUCUUUGGAAAAUGCCAUACAACGACUCAGACUGUUCUACAUCACAUUUUAGAUAUCCACUUUUCACUUCCACCUACAGCAUUGUGCUGGCGUUGGGUUUUCCUCUGAACCUCGUGUCUCUUGGGAUAUUGCUAUGUCGGAGUGGCUUGAAGAAAUCCGUUCCGGUGAUCUACAUGGCCAACCUGGCCUUAUCGGACCUUCUUUUCACGCUCUCCCUGCCCUUUCGGAUCUUCUACUUUGCCACAGGUCGAUGGACGCUGGGAAACUUUCUAUGCAUGAUUCCAGGGACCCUCUUUGCCGUCAACAUCUAUUCAAGCUCCUUGUUCAUCACUCUCAUCAGUGUGGAUCGGAUGCUGGCCGUGGUGUAUCCUCUGAGAUCUCGGCCUUUCAGGACGGCACCGGUGGCCUGGACGCUGUGUGUGACCGUGUGGUUGAUCAUCGGUGGAUUGGCAGUGCCAACUGCCAUAAACCACCCCGAAAAUAUGGAUGUAAACUGUAGCGUUAUGCGUUGUUUUGAAAAAUAUACAAGUGAUGAAUGGAAAACAGGCUUCACCAUCCUCUGCUGUACCACUUUCUUCGGUAUUUUAGUACCUUUCGGUAUCAUUCUGUGCUGUACGGUGGCGGUCGUGCGGCAGUUGAGAGGCUACAGCAUGACGACUUCCUCGAGCACCACUGAGCUGAGCAAAAGCAAGAUUGUGAAUCUCUUUCUGUCCAACUUGCUCAUCUAUGCCAUUUGUUUUAUCCCCUUUCACAUUGCUUUCAUCCUCUUAGGGGUGAACAAAGUUGGAAUCUGGAAAGAAAAACAUUUUCAAGAUUUUUUCUUUGACCUGCAAACUGUUACCAUGUGCAUGGCCAGCACGAACAGCUGUCUGGACCCUUUGAUCUACUACUUCAGCUCAAAGAGAAUAAAAGGUAGGGGCAGAUGCGAUUCUUCUUCCAAAAGCAUCGGUCUCGGCCUGGUCCAGAGCACGAGUUGGACAGGACAGUAAAGCAACAAACUAUCAGAAUAACUUUUGUUGUUGAGGUAAACAAGAGGAAAUGGUUAUGUAAAAAACCAUACACUGUAACAAAAGCUGACUCACGCGAGAGAACGUUGCACGUCUCCUCACGUGUGCAUCGCGUGAAAAAGUUGCAAAUCUGUUUCGUUCGCUUGGGUGUCCUUACACUUAGUGGUUGAAAAGGGAAGAAAAUGUUGAGCUGAAGUGGUUCUCUUAGAGGAAUACCUGCCAAUGUGACGUGAAUACUUUAAUGUGUUUUUGGAAAACUUGCGCACAUGUAGCAAAUCAUCAACAAAGCUGUAUAAUUGCUUUUCACUGAGAGCCAAAAGGUUGUAGCUAAAAAUUUUGGCCCCUAGUCAUGUAUUGCUGUGGUUUCCUUUUUUUGUGUUUUUUCUUUCUUUUUUUUUAACCGCAUUAGCUGCAUUGUAAUUUCUACCAGCAUUAUCAUAGUUUGUCUUUUUUAUAAUUGUUUUUGUGUCAUUAACUGAGUUCAUAUUUACGCAAGACUGGUUAUGCAAAGUAUAUACACUUUUACUUUAGUGUCAUGCAUUAUGUUAGCAGAAAUAAACCUCUGCAAAUUUAA